AUGGAGCGACUUCAUCAUCACAAGGUAUUGACAACAGUGACCUGGCUGUUGUCUAUCAUUAUCUCAAUCUACUAUACCUUCGAGAAACCGCACGAUGGUGUCUGGCCUCGUCGGAAGAUAUGGCAUCAGAACGAUAAGUUUCACACGGCGUUCCGACUGAAUUCCAUCAUCGCUAGCAUCUACUGGAUCGUUCUUUUCGUUCUCCAGGGAGGAUACAUCGCCCACCUAUUCUCCGGAACCGUCGAACACGUGAACGCAGCUUGCUCGGUGGGCAGUCACUUUAUCGUGAACAAUUUAUUCCACUUCGCUUUUGUCAUGCUAUUCGUACGCUCCUAUUUCGGUUGGGCAGAGCUGUUCAUCAUUCUCAACUUCUUCAACUUGAGCUCGCUGUAUUUCCGUCAUCCUGGUUACGCACGAUUCAUCCAUACGCCUGUCGUGUCUGGGCCGUUGGCGUGGACUUUUAUUGCGAUAUACUGGAAUGGGGCUAUCAUGGUGCCUCAUCCCGACACGCUUGUCGCCCGUAUAUUCGGUAACAUCUUCAUCUGGUCGAUCCUAGUAUACGGUCUGUUUUUCAUUGUCGUGUACAAGGAUUACACCAUGGGAUUUAACCUUAGCGUUCUAUCGGCGGCUAUCGGCGUGUCCCAAUUCUUGCGACAGGUCGUUGCGUUUCAAUGGAUCUUUGCCUUUGUCAUCAUGGCCGUUCUCUUCGUGGCUACUCUCGUAGUUGCUGUGCCCGCGGCAACAGGCAGAGAUAUCAAGUUUGCGAGAGCUCGAGCGGGUGAUACUGAGCGAGCUCCGCUCCUUGGUGAGAAUUAGUAGUGUUGUACGGAGGCUACAUACCAGUAACCCUUACUAAUGGGUUAAUGGGUGAGAGAGGUACCGGCGAAGUGUGAUGCCAAGCAAUACACUGUCAUUGGAGAUGUCCUUCAUAGCU